AUGGCGCUUGCCUCAUCGGCCGAAGCCCACUUGUUUUUGAUCAACACCCUGACUUAUUCGACAUCCCUCAACACAUCGUUUGCGGAGUGCAUAUACGAGGCGGUAGGCGGUGGCGUUGAAUACAUGUCACUGACAAUCAAGGAGAGGCCUCGUAACCCGAGUGGCAAUCAAUGGAAAGCAAAGAGGGCUCGGGCGGCACCGGCCAUGUGUACAAAGGCUUGGCUCAAGGGAAGAGGGCGGUCAGGGCCGGCUGGCUCUGCGAUUACCCGCUUGCAAUCUCCGCUGCCCACAUAG